UGGUCAAUUCUGCUUAUGGCUGUCAUUCCUGGUGUUCCUCUAUGCAACUAUUAACAGUCAGUAAAUUGAGCCUUGCCAGGUUUUAUUAAACAGCUGGUUUCUACUUUUCAGCUUUAGGAAUCUGGGAUCAGGAGAAGGAUUAGUGUGAAAAGCAAGGAAAAUUGUUCUCCUGUGUUUUUAGGCAAAGUAGUAGCAAAAAAAGAAGAAAAAAGGACCUUAAUACCAUGUGUGAGUGUAGUUUUCAGUGGAUCAGAUCUUUCCUAUAUUUGCAUCCAAGCUAUUUGGUUGUGAUCAGAUGAUUACAGCUCAAGGAAACGAUUGGAGAGAGCUGGCUGACUGGCUGGCUGGCUGGCUGGCUGCAGCUGCACUGUAGUCUGUGUGCAGGGACAAGGAGCUUCUGUUUUUCAAACAUAGCAUAAACAUAGAAGUUAUUUUGUAGGCUUCAGGAUGCAGCUAUGGGUUGUGCUGCCAGCAUUGUUCUGCUUCAAGCCUUUCGUUCAGUGGUACAGAGGAACUGUGCACACAUUUGUAGACGACGGCAAGAGGAAUUGUCAGAUGAAAUCCUGCCUCUGGAUAGUGAUGAUGAAAUGAGCAGACCCAGGACUCUGAUUAUCAUGCAGGAGAAACCCAAACUUUUGGAGCCUUUGGAUUAUGAAGCAGUCAUUGCAGAAAUUGAGAAGGAUGUUGAAAAUGACCCACUCAAAGACCUCAUCUUAUUUCCCAAGGAUGACUUUUCGAUAGCCACAGUUCCUUGGGAAAUAAGAACACUUUACUCAUCAGUUUCUGAAAAUGCAGAACAGAAAGCAGAACAUUUAUUUGUUAAGGAGGCAUGUAAAUAUUACAGUUCCCAAUGGCACAUUGUAAAUUACAAAUAUGAACAGUACUCAUCAGAUUUUAGACAUUUACCACGCAAUGAAUGCAGGCCAGAAAAACUUCCUUCACAUUCCUUUGAAAUUGAUCAUGAAGACAUUGACAAGGAUGAAGAUACAACGUCCCACUCAUCUUCGAAAGGAGGAGGUGGAGCAGGAGGAACGGGUGUUUUCAAAUCUGGCUGGCUUUAUAAAGGGAAUUUUAAUAGCACAGUAAACAACAGCAUUACAGUUCGGUCUUUCAAAAAGCGUUACUUCCAGCUGACACAAUUGUCAGAUAACUCAUACAUAAUGAAUUUUUACAAAGAUGAAAAGAUUUCAAAGGAACCUAAAGGCUGCAUCUUUUUGGAUUCCUGUACAGGGGUUGUGCAGAAUAACAGACUUCGGAAACAUGCCUUUGAACUAAAAAUGAAUGAUUUGACAUACUUUGUACUGGCAGCUGAAAAUGAGCAAGAUAUGGAUGAGUGGAUUUUAACACUCAAUAAGAUACUACAGAUAAAUCCAGAAGGAUGCAUUCAGGAAAGGAAGAGUGCAGAUAUCACAGAUCUGAAAUUUGAUUCAGAAGACUUGUUAACGAAUUAUGAUUGCCCACCAGAGGAAACCGAUUCUUCGGAGAAUAGCUUGCAUCCAGAUUUCUCUAAAUACCUCACAGAAACAGAAGAAACUGUUAAAGCAUCUCGAAAUACGGAUCGACUAAAUCUGUUCUCCCUAGAUCCUGAUAUUUCUGCUUUGAGUCCUAACAGAAAAGACUUCACAGGAACAGGUUCAUGGCUCAAACCAUUUGAAGAGAGAGAUACAAAGCGAAUCAUGAUAACGUGCAAAUCUCUCAAUCUCAAUCUGCAAGCUUGUGUUUCUGACAAUGAAAAUGACCCAAUUACUAAUAUAGAACCUUUCUUUGUGAGUGUGGCUCUUUUUGAUACAAAGGACAACAGAAAACUUUCUGCUGAUUUCCAUGUGGACUUAAAUCAUACCAUUGUGAGGCAGAUGAUAUCCAAUUCUUCACCUUCAAUAGAAAAUGGAACUAUUGGGAUUGUUGUCACCAAAGAAGAAGAACCACAGGUCAAAGGGUUUCCAGAAGAAUGGCUAAAGUACCCUAAACAGGCAGUUUUCUCCAUAAGUAACCCGCACUCUGAAAUUGUUUUGGUGGCAAAAAUUGAAAAAGUGCUCAUGGGAAACAUUGCUACUAGUGCAGAACCUUACAUAAGGAAUCCAGACUCCAACAAGUGCGCUCAGAAAGUAUUAAAAUCCAACAAACAGUUCUGCAGCAAGUUGGGAAAGUAUCGGAUGCCCUUCGCUUGGUCUGUAAGGCCAGUCUUUAAAGAUAAUCAGGGAAAUAUUGAUAGAGAUUCAAGGUUCUCACCUUUGUUCAGGCAAGAAAGCAGCAAAAUUUCAACAGAUGACUUAAUGAAACUCGUUGUAGAAUACAGAAGAGCAGACAAGAUCAAUAAAAUUCAGACCAUCCCUGGCAGUUUAGAAAUCGCUGUUGAUUGUGUACCUUUGGAGCACCCAAAUUGUGUAACAUCAUCUUUCAUUCCAGUCAAGCCAUUUAAUGAUAUUAAGGAGCAUCGACCUACAGUAGAAGUAGAGGAAUUUGUCCAAGAAUCGACAAAAUACUCCCAGACUUACAGAGUAUAUAAAAACCAAAUAUAUAUCUAUCCCAAACAUCUGAAAUAUGAUGGUCAAAAAUGCUUCAACAAGGCCAGGAAUAUAACAAUCUGCGUUGAAUUUAAAAGUUCAGAUGAAGAAGGGGCCAAGCCAGUGAAGUGUAUCUAUGGGAAGCCAGGUGGACCACCCUUUACAUCAGCAGCAUACACAGCUGUGUUACAUCAUUCACAGAACCCUGAUUUCUAUGAUGAGGUGAAAAUUGAGCUACCUACUCAGAUCCACAAGAAACACCACAUUCUAUUUUCAUUUUACCAUGUUACCUGUGACAUAAAUGCAAAAGCUAAUGCCAAAAAGAAAGAAGCUCUGGAAACAUCAGUUGGAUAUGCUUGGCUCCCUUUGUUAAAAGAGGAUCAGCUAACAUCUCAAGAACAUAGCAUACCAGUGGCAACCAGCCUGCCUCCUGGUUAUCUCAGCCUUCAGGAUCCUGCAACUGGAAAGCACAGUGGAAGUGACAUUAAAUGGGUAGAUGGUGGGAAGCCACUCUUCAAGGUGUCUUCAUUUGUUGUAUCAACAAUUUAUACUCAGGACCCAUAUCUGAAUAGAUUUUUUCAACAGUGCCAAAAAAGAAACAGGGAUCUCUCCCAACCACCUACCUCAAAUUUCAUCAUCUCCUGCAAGAAUUUGCUUAAAAUUGAGAAGAUCUCUGUGAUUGUAAAUUUCCUUCCUGUGAUUCUGAACCAGCUAUUCUGGGUUCUUGUGCAAAAUAAAGAAGAUGAAGUUACAACUGCUGUGACCAGGGUACUCACUGAUAUUGUUGCCAAGUUCCAUGAAGAACAAUUAGACCAAUAUAUCCAGUCAUAUGUAAAGUAUGUGUUCAAGACCAAAUCAUUUGAAGAAAGGACAAUCCAUGAAGAGCUGGCCAAGAACAUGACUGGCCUUUUGAAAUCAAAUGAUCAAAGGACAGUGAAACAUGUUUUAAAGCACUCCUGGUUCUUUUUUGCCAUUAUAUUAAAGUCCAUGGCACAGCAUUUGGUUGACACAAAUAGAAUACAGAUUCCUCGUGCUCAGAGGUUUCCAGAAUCAUUCCUAAAUGAACUGGAUACCCUCAUAAUGAUCUUAUCAGAUCACGUUGUUUGGAAACAUAGAGAUGCUCUUGAAGAAACCAAGAAUGCAAACCAAAGUGUUGGUGGAUUUCUCAAGCGCUGUUUCACUUUCAUGGAUCGUGGAUUUAUAUUUAAGCUGGUUAACAGCUAUAUAAGUAUGUUUGGACCAGGUGACCACAAGAUUUUGUUUCAAUAUAAAUUUGAUUUUCUUGAAGAAGUAUGUAACCAUGAACACUUCAUCCCACUGUGCCUUCCUAUCAAAUCUUCAAAUAUUCCAGAUUCAACAACACCAUCAGAAGCAACACAGCACUAUCGUUCAUCUGAUAUUCCAGAAUACACUCUGACAAAUGAAUUUUGCCGGAAGCAUUUCCUAAUUGGAUUACUUCUUCGGGAAGUUGGGUGGGCGCUCCAGGAAGACCAGGAUAUCAGGCACAUGGCCCUGGCAGUCCUCAAAAAUCUCAUGGCAAAACAUUCGUUUGAUGAUCGCUAUUCAGAGAAGGAAGAUCAGGCAAAAAUAGCAAACCUAUAUAUGCCUCUAUAUGGCUUGCUCUUAGACAACAUGCCAAGAAUAUAUAUGAAGGACAUGUUUUUGUUCAACAUAAAUACAUCCAAUCAGGGAUCCAGAGAUGAUCUGAGUACCGCUGGAGGAUUUCAGAAUCAGGCAGCCAUGAAACAUGCUAAUUCUGUAGAUACCUCUUUUUCCAAAGAUGUUCUUAACUCUAUAGCAGCCUUUUCAUCAGUAGCUAUUUCUACAGCCAACCAUGCAGACUCCAGAGGCUCCUUGGCAAGUCUUGACUCCAACCCUAGCACCAAUGAAAAGAACAGUGAGCCAACAGAAGCCUGUGAAAAGAUUGCAAGACCACUAUCUCUGAUUGGCUCAGCCCUUCGCUUUGACAAACUGGAUCAAGCUGAAACUAGAAGCCUUCUGAUGUGUUUCCUUCAGAUUAUAAAAACAGUUUCAGAAGAUACAUUGAUCUCCUACUGGCAGAGAGCCCCAUUCACAGAAAUAACAGACUUUUUCAGCAUUUUAGAGGUUUGCCUUCAAAAUUUCCGAUAUCUAGGAAAACGCAACAUAAUACGGAAAAUCGCUGCUGCAUUUAAAUUUGCUCAAACCACCCAGAAUAAUGGAACGCUGAAAGGCUCUAACUCAUCCUGUCAGGCAUCUGGGCUUAUUCCCCAGUGGAUACAUUCUGCUUCCAGCAGUGAGGUUCACAGGCAUCACAGAUCUCAAACUUUACCAAUCAUCCGUGGCAAAAAUCCUUUUUCGAAUCCAAAGCUUCUACAGAUAAUAGACAGCACCAUUGCAAGUGGCUCAAAUGAAACAGAUAUUGUGAGCUACGUUGAUACUGAAGCCAACAUCGCUACGGAAGUUUGCCUUGCUAUUCUUGAUCUAUUAUGUCUUUUCACUCAACAUCACCAGAGGCAAUUGCAACUGUCAGAUUGUCAGAAUACACUAAUGAAGAAAGUAUUUGAUACCUACCUACUGUUUUUACAAAUCAAUCAUUCUGCAGCAGCCCUCAAGCAUGUAUUUGCUGCUCUGAGGUUGCUUGUGAGUAAGUUUCCUUCAGCUUUCUUCCAGGGUCAAGCUGACUUGUGUGGUUCAUUCUGUUAUGAGAUUCUUAAGUGCUGCAAUCACAGGUCACGGUCAACUCAAACAGAAGCCUCUGCUCUGCUUUAUUUUUUCAUGAGAAAAAACUUUGAAUUUAAUAAACAGAAGUCAAUUGUCAGGUCUCAUUUGCAGCUAAUCAAAGCUGUAAGUCAACUGAUUGCAGAUGCGGGAAUUGGAGGCUCUCGGUUUCAGCACUCACUAGCAAUUACAAAUAACUUUGCUAAUGGAGACAAGCAAAUGAAAAACAGUAACUUCCCAGCAGAAGUGAAAGACUUGACCAAACGCAUACGGACAGUUUUAAUGGCUACAGCUCAGAUGAAAGAACAUGAGAAGGAUCCUGAAAUGCUGGUAGAUUUGCAGUACAGUCUGGCCAAUUCAUAUGCCAGUACACCUGAAUUACGGCGGACCUGGCUGGAGAGUAUGGCCAAGAUUCAUGCUAGAAGCGGAGAUUUAUCUGAGGCUGCUAUGUGCUACAUCCAUAUAGCUGCCCUUAUUGCUGAAUAUCUGAAACGAAAGGGUUACUGGAAAAUGGAAAAGAUUUGUACUUCUCGUAUGCUCCUGGAAGAUGCUGAACUCUCUGAUAGUAAUGUCUUACUAACAACUCACACUGGAGGAAGCUUAUUUUCUAUGGGAUGGCCAGCUUUCCUCAAUAUUACACCAAAUAUUAAAGAAGAAGGGGCUAUGAAAGAAGACUCUGGAAUGCAGGAUACACCAUACAACGAGAACAUCCUUGUGGAACAGUUGGAAUUGUGUGUGGACUAUUUGUGGAAAUCUGAAAGAUACGAGCUAAUUGCUGAAGUUAACAAGCCAAUCAUUGCAGUAUUUGAGAAACAAAGAGACUUCAAGAGACUAUCUGAGUUGUACUAUGACAUCCAUCGCUCUUAUCUAAAAGUAGCAGAAGUAGUGAAUUCUGAGAAGCGCUUGUUUGGACGAUACUACCGUGUGGCCUUUUAUGGGCAGGGCUUUUUUGAGGAGGAAGAGGGUAAAGAAUAUAUCUACAAAGAACCCAAAUUAACAGGCCUGUCUGAGAUUUCGCAGAGACUGCUGAAACUUUAUGCAGAUAAGUUUGGAGCAGACAAUGUAAAAAUAAUUCAAGAUUCCAACAAGGUUAACCCCAAGGACUUGGAUCCAAAAUAUGCUUAUAUCCAAGUGACAUAUGUUACACCCUACUUUGAAGAGAAGGAGUCUGAAGAGCGGAAGACUGACUUUGAAAUGCAUCACAAUAUCAAUCGCUUUGUAUUUGAAACACCAUUCACUCUGUCAGGAAAGAAGCAUGGAGGAGUAGAAGAGCAAUGCAAGAGACGGACUAUUCUGACAACCAGCCAUUUGUUUCCAUAUGUGAAGAAGAGAAUACAAGUUGUAAGCCAAACAAGCACAGAAUUAAACCCCAUUGAAGUGGCCAUUGAUGAGAUGUCUAAAAAGAUUUCAGAACUCAAUCAGCUUUGCACAAUGGAAGAAGUAGACAUGAUUAGGCUCCAACUGAAACUACAAGGAAGUGUCAGUGUCAAGGUGAAUGCAGGCCCAAUGGCUUAUGCUCGAGCUUUCCUUGAAGAAACAAAUGCUAAGAAGUACCCAGAUAACCAAGUUAAACUUCUGAAAGAAAUCUUCAGGCAGUUUGCGGAAGCAUGUGGCCAUGCUCUUGAAGUUAACGAACGUCUUAUUAAGGAGGAUCAACUGGAGUAUCAGGAAGAAAUGAAAUCUCAUUAUAAGGACAUGCUCAGUGAGCUCUCUGAAGUUAUGAAUGAACAGCUCUGUCAUGGUCAGUGCUUAUACAACUUCUCUGCUUCACUGUCUAAUAUUUCCCUCAAUACUAUAGCAAAAAGUGAUCACAUGCAAGGAGGAUUCUACAAAGCAACAAGGAGUGGAACAACCUUUUUCCCAUGUAAUCAGUAGAACAAUCGCAGCCCCACUUGGACCAGUGGUAUCCUCAAAUACUGACAUUUGAUGCUGCAUUUGACUUUAAACAGAGCACUAGGGAACUUUGAGAUUUUUUUAAAAAAUAACAGUGUAGGUGAAUCAUGAAGGAUUCCACAAAAAUGAAAUGCGGUGCAUUGUUUUUAUUUAUUGAAUAUUUUCAGUGAUUUUUUUAAUUUUCAGGGUUUUUUAAUGUUAUUGCCUUUCCUGAUAUUUGCACAUUUCCUAUGGUUUUCUUCAUUAUGGGCCAGUCUUUAUUAAACAGACUGAAAACAAAAUUUCCAUUCAGUGUUUAGUUUCACAGCAAGCCUUUUGUUUGCCAUAAAUGAUAAUAUAAUCUAAUACAAGUCCUAGUAUACAUAUAUUUUAAAGGUCAAAAGUGGAUGUUUUAUAACAUUUAAGUAUAUUGUAAUUGUAAAUAGAAGAUGUGUAAAAUAUGUCAUUUUUACAACAUUUUUAGUUAAUGAUUGACAUGACUAAAAUGUGGAUAACAUUUCAAAUACCACUAUAUUAAAAUAUUUGUCUAUGUGCAAAA